AUGGCUGGUCAAUCCACACUGCGGCAUACUGCUGCCGAGGAGCAGCUAGCCGCCUUCCUCGACAAAUGGACAAGCAAGAUCAAGACAAGAUUGCGCGGAACGACUCGCACAACUCGUCUACUCGCGACAUUGGCACUGGCGAUUUCAAUUAUCCUCGGCGGAGUUGGAGGACGUCGAUGGUGGAAGAAUCGACGGCAUGAGCGAGAGCAAGGUCGGAAACUCGUGCGCACCAACUCAUGGCUUCACAACAAAGAUGGAUCGCGAACCAUAUACGUCCCAUACAAGGACAGUACCACAAAAGUUGUUAUCAACACAACCAAGCCACUCACGUUCGACGCUCACCGUCGCCUGUUCUUAAACCCUCCGCGCGUGUCAGGGUUGCGGGAGGGAACUGUACCAGCGGCGCAAACGAAGCCAGGCCUCAACAUUGCCUUUUUGCACCAGUUUCUAAGUUUGAUGAGCAUUAUGAUCCCCAGAUGGUCCAGCAAAGAAGCCGGUUUACUGCUCAGUCACGGUGUGUUUUUGAUGCUGAGAACAUAUCUCUCGCUGGUUGUUGCCCGCCUAGAUGGCGAGAUUGUACGCGAUUUGGUCGCAGGGAACGGGAAAGCAUUCCUCUGGGGUAUCCUCAAGUGGUGCGGCCUUGGAGGGUUUGCCUCUUACACCAACGCUAUGAUCAAGUAUCUCGAGUCUAAGGUCUCCAUCGCCUUCCGCACACGGCUUACGCGAUAUAUACACGAUUUAUAUCUGAACGAUAAUCUUAACUAUUAUAAGCUUUCCAAUUUGGAUGGAGGCAUUGGUCAAAGUGCGGAUCAAUUCAUCACACAAGAUCUGACUUUGUUCUGUGCUGCGGCAGCCAACAUUUACUCAUCGCUUGGAAAACCAUUUGUCGACUUGUGUGUAUUUAAUUAUCAGCUCUACCGGUCUUUGGGCCCUCUCGCCCUUACUGGCCUGUUGAGCAACUACUUCUUAACCGCUAGCAUCCUCAGAAAACUUUCACCACCAUUUGGCAAAUUGAAGGCGGUUGAAGGCCGCAAAGAAGGCGACUUCCGAAGCUUACACGCCAGACUUAUCGCCAAUGCUGAAGAGGUUGCAUUCUAUGGAGGUGCAGAAACCGAAAAGACAUUCCUGAACCGCGAGUUCAAAUCACUCAAGUCUUGGAUGGAAGGCAUCUACAUGCUGAAGAUUCGCUACAACAUCCUGGAAGAUUUCAUCCUCAAGUAUAGCUGGAGUGCUUACGGAUAUCUCUUGGCGUCACUUCCCGUCUUUUUGCCAGCGUGGGGUGGUGUCGGCGGCAGAGCUGAGAUGUCUGAGCAUGGAGUACGAGGAGGCCGAGAGCGUAACCGCAUGAAGGAGUUUAUUACCAACAAGAGGCUCAUGCUCUCACUUGCAGAUGCAGGUGGUAGAAUGAUGUACUCGAUCAAGGAUCUCUCGGAAUUGGCAGGCUACACCAGUCGCGUGUACACCCUCAUUUCGACACUACACAGGGUACAUGCCGAUGCUUAUCAUGUUCGUGCAGGACAAAGCGAGCUCUACUCCAUGUCUGAUGUUUCAGGAACCAUUCAGAAAGGAUUCGACGGUGUCAGGUUUGAACAUGUGCCGGUCGUAGCUCCCGGUCUGUGGCCUCAAGGGGGUGAAGAGUUGCUCGAGUCAUUAUCCAUUGUCGUGCGCAGGGGCGAACAUCUAUUGAUAUCUGGAUCAAACGGCGUCGGCAAAACCGCCAUUUCCAGGAUCCUCGCUGGCUUAUGGCCAGUCUACCGAGGACUAGUCAGCCGCCCGAAGGAUAUUGGCCAAGAUGGCAUCAUGUUCCUUCCGCAACGACCGUACUUGAGCCCAGGAACACUGCGUGACCAAGUGAUCUAUCCAGAUGGCCACGUGGACAUGAAGGAGAAGCGCAAAUCUGAGGAUGACCUCAACAAUGUUCUGGAAGCUGCCCGACUGGGGUACCUCCCUGACAGAGAGGGUGGAUGGGAUACGAGAAAGGAAUGGAAAGACGUACUUAGUGGAGGCGAGAAGCAGCGCAUGGGUUUCGCCCGCCUGCUUUAUCACGAGCCCCAGUACGCCAUUGUGGAUGAAGGUACCAGCGCUGUCUCGAGUGAUGUGGAGGGUUUGCUUUACGAAACAUGCAAGGAGAGAGGCAUCACACUUAUCACCAUCUCAACCCGAGCCUCGCUCAAGAAGUACCAUACAUACAACCUAGUCCUUGGUAUGGGUGACCGGGGAGACGAAUGGGAAUUUGAGAGAAUUGGCACGGAGCGCGAGAAGAUGCAGGUUGAGAAGGAGCUGCAAGACCUUCGUGAGCGGUUGGCACAAGUUGAUGAGUGGAAGAAGCGACGAGAUGAGAUCGAGACAGAGCUGGCGGCAGUUUGGACAGACAAGGGCGAGGCGCUUGAGGCCCCGACAUAUGCUGAGAAGGUCGCCGAGGGUCAGGAAUAA